CGUUUUUUAAAUCGAGCUUCGAAAAAACUUUUUUGUUGACUAGCUUGUCUAAAAGGUCAUCGAUAAGCGGUAUCGGAUAAUUGUCUUUAAUUAAAACUUUGUUCAGUUUUCUAAAGUCUAUACAUAGCUGUAUGUCUCCUGUUUUCUUUUUGACUAAAACAAUUGUUGAAGCAUAUUCUGAUUCACUAGGUUGAAUAAUUCCCUCUUUUAAAUAGUCAUCUAAUAGUUUUUGUAAUUUUUCUUUUUCUGAGUAGGCAAGUCUUCUUGGGGCGCAGUUAAAUGGUUUUGACGUUUCUAAACAAAGUUUUAUUUCGCAUUUGACUAAAGGAUCGGUAGGCUUAUUAACGCUUAAGUAGUUGCGUUUAAUAAUCUCCUUUAACUGACUGUUUGACUGGCUUGGUUAUUGUUUUUGCCGCAUAUGAAGUUCAUUUGCUCAUCCUCUAAGUGAUCAAUGCUACAAAUUUCUCUAACAGCUUCUUCAUAACUGGGCACAACCGCAGCAUAAAGUCCGGAAUCCGUCGUGAAGUUGGCUAAAGGCAUAACUGUUUCGAUGACCGUUUUGCUACCUGCUUCGUUAACAGUUUGACUAACUACACUACUCGCUUCGUUGGCUGUUUUACUAACUGUCUUAUUAACUGUUUCAUUAUCCAUUUGACUAACUGUUUCAUCAACCUCUUCGUUAACUGUCUCACUAACUGUUGUAGUAGGCUGCUCCUUCUACCCUCUUCCUUUACUCUUAGUCAUACAUUCCUAGUCAUACAUACCUAAUUAUACAUAGCCAAUCUAGUCAUAAGCUUAUACAUUCAUACACCCAUCCUUACUAUAUACAUACAUACAAAUAUUAUCGAGAAACUCAUCGACUGAUCGACUCGCCACUCUGCAGAGAGCGCGGCAGUCAGUCGCUGUUGAACCAAGCUAGAGUACAGAUCGAAAUAAAAGAGACAAUUGAAAUAGUUAACUUCUGUAAACGGCGGCUAAAAUCUCAGAAGUGGGAUUAAUAAUCCAAAAUGGACGAUAAAAUCAUCCUGAACGAGUUUUCGCUGACAACUCUAAAAGAUUGGCUACGUAUUCUGGGCCAAAAUACGGAGGGCACAAAAGCCGAAUUAAUCGCGAGGCUGCAAGACAUCCCAACGGCAGUUCGGGGCGAUUGUCCACCGGAGCACCCCCAGAAAAACGCUCCACCAAGAAACGAAAUUUUUUCUUCACUGGAUUUCCAGAAUUGUGAAAUUAACACCGAUCACGUAAGUGUGAAUGCGAUGAACAGAAAAGGAUCAACCGAAACUGGCAGUGAGAGGGAGACAAACAUGUUCGAGCUACAGCAACUACGCGCAGAGCUAGCAGAAGCGAAGGCAAUGCUUAACGGAACACGAUCGAGCUUGCAGUUCCAAGAACAACAACAACCAGAGCAAAGCAAGGCUACAGUUAGUUCCGUUAUCCAGACGGCGCAGUUUACGCAGGCUGGCGCCACAAAAGAGAACACAACAUUUCACUCGCCGCAGCGAUCCAACGAGAGAGCGGAGAGCCAGCGUUUUCCAGUUGAUGUUCUCGCUCUCGCCAAAGAGACGAUAACCGAUUACGAUGGGAAAACUUGCGCGCGUGCCUGGAUAACAGUGGUCAAAAAUAUCGCACGCACUUUCAACAUCGAUGACAACCAUUUACGCAUCUUACUCAUCACUAAACUUAAAGGAAACGCGCAAGUCUGGUUACAUGCGCACCCUGCUCGAUUGAUCGAACCAAUUGACAAUUUGCUUGAUCAAUUGUCAUUGACUUUUGGCGAGCAAUCAUCCAAGGCUGAGAUCCGGCGAAAAUUCGAGAGUCGCAAGUGGAAAACCGAGGAGAAUUUCUGCAGUUAUUACGAUGAGAAGAUGGCUCUCUCAAAUGGGAUAAACAUCGACGACGACGAACUACUGGACCAGGUGAUAGCGGGCAUACCGCUGCAAAAUUUCCGUACCCAAGCACGGAUUCAAUGCUUCUCUACUCCAUCGGAGAUGCUACGCGCAUUUUUGAACAUCCGUUUGCCAGCUCGGAGGGAGCCACCUGUACAGCCAACCGACUACAAAGAUACCAUACGAUGCGCAAACUGUAAUUCAAGAGGACACAAAGCUGACAUCUGCAAGAAGCCCAAACGUGAACCAGGUUCGUGCUACGCCUGUGGACAACUUGGACACCUGGUGGCACAAUGUCCCACAAGGAAGAGCGUUUCAACUAAUAAUUAUAAUGCCUCAUAGACUCUGGCAGUCCUAUAUCUAUCAUUAAAAAGUCACUUAUUAACGAGACAAUGAAGUUAGCCCUACUUAAUACUUGCUAUUUUGGUUUAAACAACUGUAUUCUCAAAACACAUGGACAAACCACAUGUUAUGUAUUGAAAGGAUCAAUAAAAAUAUAUUUUCGUUUAA